CUGCAGACUGAUAAAGUAAAAGACGAAAGAAUGGCUGUCCGAAUUUUUAAUUACUGUAUCGUUUUAUUAGCAGUGCUCUUGGUACAUCUUGCCGCUACCGAUGCCGCGUCUAUAAAUGCAGGUCCUCGUAAGUCUUUAAGCAUUGUAAAUGCACCGGCGCAUGCGUUGCGUAACGCACGCCAAGCUUACUCCGACGAGGAGGACUCAGAUGAGGAAGAUGAUGUGGCAGCGCAAAAUUUGGUGCAACAACAGCAACAGCAACAAUACCCUGAGGAUUCGCAAGAAGAUAGCGAUGAGGAUGGUGAUGACGAAAGUGAUGAUGAUAGCAGACGACAUCGUCGUCGUCGUGAUGCCACCGCAGCGGAAGCGGAGAAAAUCGAACAAUCAGCGAUACCACUAACGGAAACUGAAGCCGUGGCCGUACCCGAACCUUUGCCAGCGCCAGCGACAAGCGAACAGGCAGCUGCUAAUCAAGAGCCGGAAGAACAAAGUGUGGAAGGUGGUGCACCCACAGUUGCUGCUACGCCCGCCACGCCAGCACGCAACACCUCUGUGCUUAUACUGAUUCGAGACGCGCUUAAGAAGGUCACUACUCUACCCACGGAACAAGUGGCCACAAAUGCACUGCAAUAUUUCCAACUCUUCGAACAUUUCAUACAACAAACUAUCGAGAAUGUGAUUGGCGAUGAUGAUGAUGAUGACGACGAAGCCGGUACUGCCGCUUUGGCUGCUGCGGGCACGGGUGAUGCGUCUACCAGCAAACCGGAUGGUAUUUUCACACCGGAGGAGGAAGAAAUUAUUGCGGGUGUUGAAGAGAUUCUCAAAGAACCCGAAUUGGUGAUGAAACAGCCACAAGAAGUGAAGCCAGCAGAAACGCAGAUGGAGCUAACAAAUGGCGCUGCAGAGGCGGAGGGCAGUACAAAUGUAAUUGGUGAAACGAAGCCCGCAAUUGGUAGCCCGAAGCCAGAAAAAGCUCAAGAGACGUUACCAGCAGCUAACGCUGGAACAGCUAAAAACUCCGCUUGA